AUGCAGACUGGCCUAAAAUUUACAUUCGUCGACCUGAUGAAGGCCUUCAACCCAGUGAGUCGCGAUGGACUCUGGAGGAUUAUUUAGAAACUCGGCUGGCCCGUGCGAUUCCCAAAGUAUGAUGCGUUGCAUUCACGGCGGGAUGAUGCCGUGCCUCACAAACAAUAGGACGGCAUCAGGAGCUCCAGAAUGGGCGCACACUGGCCCACUAGCUUUCCGAAGCAAACGGGCAUCGCAAAGGUAAAAGGGGUCAAAAACAGGCCACCGCCUACCAGGCCGAAGUCGGCCAAACUAUGAUAGUAGCAGGUGGUCAGGGUCAUGGUUGGCUGAAUGGAAGCAAACAAGCCGGAAACGGUUCUAUAUCCGUCUACCCCGCAGACUCCGUCAUCUCUUUUCUAGAUUCAGAAACAUUUACAGUGACCAAUAGAGCGGAGCAGGACUGUGUACAUUUUCCCACCCUCCUCACUCUUACGUUCUCUGCUACAUUGAUGGACGCCUAUUUCAAAGACCGCCUGAAAUCAGCGUCGUAUACAGAACCGAUGGUCAGCUUUUCAAUACCCGAUACCUGCAGACCCCAACACAUCUAUCCACGACUACUGCCUACGACCUGCUUUUCGCGGGUUACUGCAAGUUACUGAAGGCAGUAGAUACGCACCGGAGUAUAGAUCACUUCAACGCUGGAUGUGCACACUUCGGGCCGCACAUCAGGGCGGAUAAAACGGUGGUCUUACACCAGCUGUAGGCUUAUACAAUGACCCUCGCAUCACUGUCACCGUCUUCCAAACGCAAAGAGUGGACAGCGUAGCCUAGUUAGGCAAAAAUCUUGAUUGAACACUUAUAUUGACGAUGAAGAGGAACACCGGAUCUCUAAGGCCGGCAGGGCCGUCGGUCGGCUGUAGGCUUCCGUUUGGAAUCGUGAUGGUCUCCAUCUCAACACAAAGCUAGAAAUGUAUAAAGCUGUCAUCUUGACAUCGCUGCUGUAUACAGCGGAAUCUUGGACAUUAUACGAGAGACAGGCGGAAAAAAUUAAUCAAUUCAACCUCAGCUACCUCCGUGGAAUACUUAAGCUAAGAUAGUAAUACAGGACCCCUAACACAGAAUUCCACAAGCGAAUCGGAAUCCUCAGCAUACAUGCGAUACUGAUACAAAUCGAACUGUAUUGGAGCGACUAGCUCGCAAGGAUGGAUGAUAAAGGUCUUCUCAGUUGGUUCUUCUACGGCAACAACACUAUAGAUCCUAACUGAUAAAAGGAAAAACAACGCUACUGAGACAUUCUCCCUUAGGGAUUUGCAUACCAACUCGGAUACCUGAAAGAAAAUCGUCGAAAUUCGACCGGCCUGGAGAAGAGUAGUGAAGACUGGAGCAGUAAUCUAAUAAAUCAGUCGAAUGGCCGCAGAGAAAUUCAAAAGGGCGGCUCGCAAGUCUCCAGUGCCGCUGACCUACAACUUCAACGCCCAACCACAUCCAGCAUGUCCGCGCUGCUAACAAAGAUUUCUCGCGAAGACCUGCCUCAUUCAACAUUGUCGGAUAAAAGGCAAAAACGGCCUGACAGCCCCACCUUCAGCCUCAGACGCUUCCAUCGUCACUCCUGCAGUAACUUGCACGGUUUCCACAACGGCGAACACCACCGCUACCGUUGUUCACACACUUGAUAGCCCGACACCACCACUGUAGCCAUCGACCACCGCCAGUUCUAUCAUCAUUGCAAUGAACCUCUUGACCUUGCCACUGUCACCACCGGCGAAAACAAUUCUGACGCCCAGUCGGUUACCACCCCUACCACCAACGCCUCCACCACUUGCAAUGUGGACUCGAUCCCAGCCUGUCGUCACUGUGAUCACACCCUACACUUCGUCUAG